AAGCCACCCGCGUAUCGGCUAUGCCUGAGUGUUGAACCCUCACAGCCGCCUAACCUCCUGCUGUACGCUGAACAUCGCUCUCUACCUCGUGACAAAUAUAUGGUUCAGUGAUUAGAAGUGACAAUGUGGAACCAUUUACCCACCGACUGUGUACACUCGUGAUGUGAAUACUGUAAAAAUAGACUUUUAAGGUGGCUGUGAUAAAUGGCGUCAUCGGCACGCAAAUAGCGGGCCGGGCCACGGCGAUGGGUAUGACGUAGCGGCGGCAUGGAGGAGGACGAAAGGCGAUUGUCGUUUCCGCCGCCGGCGCCGCUCAAUUCGCCAGGGGAAGAGAUAGACGGGUCACGCUUGCUCGGGGAAAUAGUCCGUACGCUAGAGGCCACGAACCCCGAGGCCGCCGCUCCGCUAGUCGCGUCGCAGUCCCGCGAUACCCUCGACGCCGAAUACGAAAAACCCAAGCGGGAAGAGCUGCGAAUACCUCUAGAUGUCACGUUUUCGGAACCGCCCGCGCCGGGCCGGAGUGACGAGCCACGGGCUGUUGUCACUCCGUUCACGCGCGAGUCUGCAAAACGCGCCGGCUCUAGAGGCGCUCAACUUGUCCGCGAGUUCGGCUUUAUGCCUCGACGGCGGCUUAGCGUUGAGGAUGGCGCGCGUCUACCAAGAAAAUAUGAACCUUUCCCGCCCAAGCUGUAUGGCCGACCACUCGAAGAGAUCGAUAACUUCAUAUAUGAUGAGACAUUCUGCGUGGUAUCGAAGCGGUUCAGGAAGAACUACAUCCAUCGCUUCACGGCAACCCGGUCCCUGUUCUGGUGGUCUCCAUGGUCUCCUGUGCGUCGGGCCUGCGUCUAUCUCUCCACCAACCAGUACUUCGAUUACUUCGUCAUGGCUACUAUCCUGCUCAAUUGUGUCUUCCUCGCCAUGUCGGAAACAAUCGAAGAGGCUGAGUACAUUUUCCUGGCGAUCUACACGGCGGAAAUGAUCAUUAAAUGUAUAGCGAAAGGUUUUAUUCUAAACAAGUACACAUACUUAAGGAAUCCGUGGAAUUGGCUGGAUUUUGUUGUAAUCACUUCGGGAUAUGCCACCAUCGGGAUGGAAGUCGGCAACUUGGCUGGAUUACGGACGUUCAGAGUUCUGAGGGCGUUAAAAACUGUUUCCAUAAUGCCGGGCUUGAAAACUAUUAUCAACGCACUGCUGCAUUCUUUCAAACAACUCGCCGAAGUAAUGACGUUAACAAUAUUUUGCCUAAUGGUUUUCGCGUUGUUUGCGCUACAAGUAUACAUGGGAGAGCUGAGAAAUAAAUGUGUGAAGAAUCUUGUGGUGCCUUCGGGGGAAAACUUCACAGACGAACUUUGGGCUGAAUGGAUAAAAGACCCUUCACACUGGAUGGUUGACGAUGAAGAAGUGCCAAUCAUCUGCGGGAAUCUGACCGGCGCGAGGCACUGUCCGGCUGACCACACCUGUCUCUGUGUUGGACCCAACCCUAACCACGGCUACACCAACUUCGAUAACUUCCUGUGGUCCAUGCUUACAACAUUCCAGCUGAUCACAUUAGACUACUGGGAAAAUGUUUAUAAUAUGGUGUUAUCAUCUUGCGGUCCAAUGUCAGUAUCAUUCUUCACUGUCGUAGUAUUUUUCGGUUCGUUCUACCUCAUUAACUUGAUGUUGGCUGUGGUUGCGCUAAGCUACGAAGAGGAAUCGCAAAUCACGCAAGAGGAAAGAAAGAAAGAUCUGAACGAACACCGUGACGACUCUACGUUCAGUUUCGAUCCAUCGUCGUUAGCGGUUCGUACUCUGGCCAAAGAUAAGAAGAAACGGAUUGAUGCUCGAAAAGGUCUCCUACUGGCGUCGUAUUCCAGAAAAAGGACCAGGAGACGUAAGAGAGGCAAGACAAUCCAUCAAGUCACUACCACGCCAGCCCCAGAAAGGUCACGGUCGCGAUCUCGGUCGCGGUCAGUAACUCCUAGUGGGAGCCCGCCACCAAUCCCACCAGUGUCGCAACCAGCACCACCAACUCAUACUCUACAUCCAGACAACGCUUUAGGUCGUGGAGCAUUAAGCAUAGCUGGUCGACAACUAAGUGAUCAUAGCAAUAAUCGUGAGUCAUCGCUAGAUGAUUCUGGAGUGGUUGACGAUCAUGAUGAUGGAGAGCAUACGUCUGAUGAUCAAGCACCCCAUCCCGUACCGAGAAGACAUCUCUUGCCUCCUGCUGCACACUCCCCAAUCAUAGCCACACUACCGCAGAUUAAACAGGACAACAAAACUCAGGAACAGAAGAAGAAUAAUGGUUCGAUGACUGACACUGAAAAGGCAAUUAAAAAUGAAAGAAGCAUCCAAGACAAAUAUCCACUAAACCCAGACUACUUGAACCAGAUUGUCGUGCUAGGGGCGGACUGGCCAUACAAACACGCACCCGACCUCCCGCAAGCGGAGACGACGAAAAUUAAUGAGCUCAGUUUAUUGGCAGCCACGCACAAAUCACACAUGGGCAAUUACGAACAAAAUUGCACAUACUUCACAGACGAGCUUGUGGAUAGAAAUUGUGAGUGCUGUGUCACUUGUUGCAUUGAUUAUGAAGGGUGGUUACAGUUUCAAAAUGGUCUCUACGGAAUUGUGAAAGACCCUUUAUUUGAAUUGUUUAUCACAACUUGCAUAAUUUUAAACACACUCUUUCUGGCUCUGGAGCAUCAUGGAAUGAGCGAAAAUGUUAGACAGGCCUUAGAUAUAGGAAACAAGGUGUUCACGUCAAUUUUUACUUUGGAGUGUAUAAUGAAAGUGAUGGCUAUGAGCAAGGACUUUUUUGCGUGCGGUUGGAAUAUUUUUGAUUUAAUAAUCGUAUCUGCUAGUUUAUUAGAUCUUAUUUUCGAACUAGUUGAUGGUCUAUCCGUGUUGAGAGGUCUUCGUUUGUUGCGAGUGUUAAAAUUAGCUCAAUCAUGGACUACAAUGAAAGUGUUGUUAAGUAUAAUAAUAUCAACAAUAGGUGCUCUCGGUAACUUGACGUUUGUGUUAGUUAUAGUGAUUUAUAUAUUUGCUGUAAUUGGUAUGCAGUUAUUCUCAAAAUCGUAUACACCUGAUAAAUUUGACCCGGAUCCAGUACCAAGGUGGAAUUUCAACGACUUUUUUCACUCAUUCAUGAUGAUAUUUCGUAUACUUUGUGGAGAGUGGAUAGAGCCGUUAUGGGACUGCAUGAGAGCCGAGCAGGCGAGUGGGGCAGAAAGCUGCUUUUUCAUUUUUCUGCCCGCACUUGUCAUGGGAAACUUCAUGGUUCUCAACCUCUUUCUUGCCUUGCUGCUCAAUAGCUUUAACAGUGAAGAACUAAAAAAUAGAAAAGAGGAAGUAGGAGAAGAUUCAAAGCUUGCGAAGAGUUUCGAUAGGCUACGAUCGAUCGUGAGAAAAAAGGGUUUUCUCGUGUCAAGAGGUAAAGACACUGAAAAGAAAUCCAAGUUAGAAGAACUUGUUAAUGAAUUUAUGUUACAACAUCGCGCCAUGAAGGAAAAGAAAGCAUCUAUACCAAGUGAACAAAGGUUUUCAUCAUCAAUCCAGGAAACCAUACUAUAUCCACAUGAUCACAUUUACAGUCAUAGUUAUCAAGAAGCUGUAGCCAGACCAAUAUCAGUGGGAUCAGAUUUUGUCUAUCCCAAUUUAUAUCAAAUAACUAAUAAUCAUGGAAGCCAGGAAACAUUAAAAGACGUUAGAGAUUUAGCUGCUGAAUACAAAAUCACUAGUAUAAGAGAAGACUCAAAAGAAAAUCUCGACGAGCCUACAGAUCCAGUUGUAGCUCAAAAGUUAUUAAACCAAAUGUCUUCAGGCUACCAUACCCAACCAUCUGAUUCUCGUGAUGAUAAUGAACAAUAUGAGAUGGCUCAAAUAUCAACAAGAACAACACCCGAAAAAUCUAAGCGGCACGGAGAAUUGGGAAGGUUUCUUAAUGACCCUACAAAAAGACCUGGCGAUGAAGAUAUGAAGCGUCCAUGGCAAACAUUGGUUUCAUACGUAGAUGAAUUAACUGUUGGUGGCAGAAAAAAUUCCAAAGGACAAUUUAUUGACCCUAUGGGAAAGUUUCCUGGUUUCGGGAAACUAAAAGAACCGAAAGUACCACAAAAUUGCUUUCCUAAGCAAUGUUAUAAAACAUGUUCAUGUUGGGAUGCUUGUAUUAAAACAAAACUGGGGCAAAAAUGUAUGUUUAUACGUACACACGUUCUUCGUUACGUUGAUACCCCUGCCUUCGAGUGGUUUGUUUUGGUGCUCAUUUUCGCCUCUAGUAUAACUCUUUGCUUCGAAGAUAUCCAUCUCGAGAAAAAUAAGCCACUCAAAAAAGUCUUGUACUGGACCAAUCUAAGUUUCUGUAUGAUUUUUGUGAUUGAAAUGUUUUUUAAAUGGAUAGCAUUGGGGUUCUAUAGGUAUUUUACAAGUUUCUGGACUCUGUUAGACUUUACUAUAGUGUUUGUUUCAGUGUUUAGCUUGUUGAUAGAAGAAAAUGAAAAUUUGAAAGUGUUGAGGUCGCUAAGAACGUUACGUGCUCUAAGACCACUGAGGGCUAUAUCACGAUGGCAAGGAAUGAGGAUAGUAGUGAAUGCUCUUAUGUAUGCAAUACCAAGUAUAUUUAAUGUUUUGUUGGUGUGUUUAGUAUUUUGGUUAAUAUUUUCAAUUAUGGGUGUGCAGUUUUUUGGUGGGAAAUUUUUCAAAUGUGUGGACAUAGAUGGCGAAUUGCUACCAUUAGAAUUAACGAUAAAUGGGAAUGUUAUUACAAUAACUUUACUUGGGUAAACUCCAAAAUAUCAUUCGACCAUGUUGGUAUAGCAUAUUUAGCAUUAUUUCAAGUGGCUACAUUUGAAGGAUGGAUGGAAGUAAUGGCUGAUGCAGUUGACGCAAGAGGAGUUGACUUACAACCAUCAAGAGAGGCUAAUC